UGAUAUGAGCAUAAAGUCCACAAAAGAGCACUGAUUCCAUAUCAUGCAAACACCGCCCCUGUCUGUCUCACCGGGCCAAUUGCGUUACCUGGGUGACACACGCCCCGCCACAUCACGAGCGCCUCCUCCACAGCACCAAAUCAGCCUUUAAAUACAGCUCCGUGCCCAGUUUUCGGCCUCUCAAUCAGUCAAAUUACUGCUGAGAGGCUGUAAAGGCCUUUUUCUACUUCUGUUGCCGUUGCUGUUUGAAAAAACUCUAAAAGAUGACUCAUCAGUUCCCAUCCCUCUCUCCGGAGCAGAAGAAGGAGCUCUCUGACAUUGCUCAGAGGAUCGUGGCUCCAGGAAAGGGAAUCCUGGCUGCAGAUGAAUCAACAGGAACCAUGGGAAAGCGUCUCCAGAAAAUCAAUGUAGAAAACAACGAGGAGAACCGUCGCUACUUCCGUGACCUCCUCUUCUCCUCUGACCCCUUAAUCUCCAACUGUGUGGGUGGGGUCAUCUUCUUCCAUGAGACUCUCUACCAGAAAUCAGACAGCGGCAAGCUCUUCCCCCAAGUCAUCAAGGAUCAGGGGAUUGUCGUCGGCAUCAAGGUGGACAAAGGCACAGCCGGUCUAAACGGAACAGAUGGAGAGACCACCACACAAGGUCUCGACGGCCUCUCAGAGCGCUGUGCCCAGUAUAAGAAGGACGGUUGUGACUUUGCCAAGUGGAGGUGUGUGCUCAAGAUCUCAGAUAGCUGCCCAUCAGCACUCGCCAUUGCAGAGAAUGCCAAUGUCCUUGCCAGAUAUGCCAGUAUCUGCCAACAGAAUGGCCUGGUGCCUAUUGUGGAGCCAGAGAUCCUGCCUGAUGGAGACCAUGACCUGCUGCGCUGCCAGUACGUCACAGAAAAGGUUCUGGCUGCUGUGUACAAGGCUCUGUCCGAUCACCAUGUGUACCUGGAGGGCACUCUGCUGAAGCCCAACAUGGUCACUGCCGGACACUCCUGCACUAAGAAGUUCACCCCUCAGGAGGUUGGCAUGGCCACCGUGACCGCUCUUAGGCGCACCGUCCCCGCUUCUGUGCCAGGCAUUUGUUUCCUGUCUGGAGGCCAGAGUGAGGAGGAGGCGUCCUGCAACCUGAACGCCAUCAACCAGGUGCCCCUCCAUCGCCCCUGGAAGCUGACCUUUUCUUACGGCCGUGCACUCCAGGCCUCUGCUCUUGCAGCCUGGCAGGGCAAAGCUGCCAACAAGGCAGCUGCACAGAAAGCAUUCUGCACCAGGGCCAAGAUCAAUGGCCUGGCUGCCAAAGGAGAGUACAAGCCCUCCGGCUCAGCUGACCAGGCCUCCGUGCAGUCUCUGUACACAGCCAGCUACGUCUAUUAAAUACUGUGAACGUUAAAAAAUAAAACCAAAUGAAAAUGGACCAAAUAUGACCAGAAAUGCCUCUGCUGGAUUUCCUAGACUACAAACACCAGGAGAAGACGUCCAUUAUAAUGUUGAACUACUGUUUGUCUACUCAGUUAAAAUGACUGGAAAUAAAUUAAGUGACCAAAAU